UAGCAAUGGCGCGGUUGUUGAAAACAAACCCCGGGCAGUUGGAGUUGACAAUGAAGUAACUGAAAACACAAGUGCACGGCAUUUGAACCGUUUUUGUCGUAUUACAGAGGGACUAUGGAUUUAUCAGCACUUAUUAAAAAAUUAGGUCAUUCUUUGGUAGAAAUCAGAGUCCGAGCUCUCAAAAACAUCAAGAGCAAAUUGGAUCAUGGCCUCAUCUCAGUUUCUGAUCUUGUCCAAGAGCGAACACUGUUUGUUUUCCUUCUUGAGUGGUUUAAUUUCCCUGAGGUGCCAUUGCAAGAAGAGGUUCUUCAGUUGCUCAGCAUUUUAUCCAAGCACUCGACAGCUGCCCACAUGCUUAUGGAUGUAGGGGCAGUAGAGUUUCUAACCCAGCUCUCGCCCAGUGUUGAGAAAGAGCUGCAGGCCAUCAUCGACAGCAUCAUCGAUCAGCUGUUCCAUCUCCCCAAGAUACCACAGGUCUCCAGUGCUCUGACUAGCGAUUAUGAACAACAAUUUACCUCGACUGCUGUUCAAAUGGAGGAGGAGUGUCUUGCAAGAGGGUACUUCCAGAGAAGCAGGCCCAAUCAAUUAGAUAUUCCUCCUCAACAAGGAACAGCAAGCAAAGCAAUCAGGUGUCUUAAGUUUUCGGUGUUUCCUUGGCUGUCUCUAACACCUACGGACAGACACAUCUUAUCAUCAAGUGAAAGCUCCCUACGAAAGAACGACCCAGGCUCAGUAUGCACCACUUGUGAACUUCUCCGAGAUGUCAUCAUGCAGGACUUUCCUGCUGAGAUAUUCCUGCAGCGGCCAAGUAUAGUGCAAAGCCUGCUGUCGCUGCUGAGCCUGAGUGCAGAGAGUGAGGCUAGUUACCUGACACUUCAGGCUCUGGCUUGUCUGCGGCAGCUCUGCUGCAACCUAAGGAGCCGCCUGCGCUUCCACAGAGACCCUGGCUUCUGCUCAGCCAAGCAAGAUCCUGUGUCUCAGAACUCCUCAGUGUCGUACUCCCAAGAAGUACGAGGGACACAACGGGGCUCGGUGGCCUCAUCACCGGAGCGUAGUGGUUCCCCGAGGCCGUCGGCGUUGGGUCGCACCGGGCAAAGAGUCCGGGGAGAUGGCCAGGACGGAGAUGCGGCCUCCUCAAGCGGCAGCAGUGGGUCUCAGGGAGGGGGCAGCGCUCCCCCGGGGCCUCCCCUGCAGUCCCCCCAGGUCCCCGGGGGCCCGCCGGAGCAGCCGGAGCCGGAGCUGGAGGUCCAGGAGGAGGCGCUGGAGCUGCAGGUGCAGCAGUGGAGCCUGGCCCAGUUCAGCGUGGCGGCCCUGGAGCACGCGCUGCCUCUCCUCAGGACCGAGAGCGUGCGCGUGUUCCAGAGGACCCUGGAGCUGUUGUCCGCCGUGCUGCCCCUGCUUCAAGACAGCGUGUCUGAGGAGCUGUGGGACGAGCUCAGCCUCACCGCUCUGGAACUGAAGGAGAAGAUCCAAGGAUGCAUGGAGGGUUUGGCGGACAUCUUGUCCUAUCGCAACAGCCAAAUGUCCGAGGAGCAGGAGGCAUCACUGGUGUUCCACAGGAUGACUUACACGAGCACCGCUGUCUUCACGAUCCGUCUGCUGCAAACUCUCAUACCUGUGGAGAAGGCUGACAAGAACCUUCCGGAGAACCUAGUGGUGACAAUUUUCUUCCUGUGCCUGGACUCGCCCUUUGCCGAGGCCUUCCCCAGUACCCAUGAGUCCGCAGGGGCGUACCUGGAGCUGGCCAGCCCUGACAGCCACGGCCUGUUUCGCCGCGUGUCCCGGGCUGCCCACAGCAUGGAGGCCACCUGUGCCUUCUUGAAGGAGGCUGAAGCGGAGGGAGAGAAGAAUUGGUUGGAGCUGUUGGAACUUGCUGAGCAAGCAGUGGACGGCCUUCCCUACCAUCAGCACCUACCUGUGGUGAAGGAGACGGUGCAGAUCUGCUCCUACCUGUGGAAGUUUGCCCAGGCCAGCCCCAUGCUCCGAUCUCAAAGUCAGGAGGUUUACCUGAAGCUCCUAUCUCACCCCCUACUACCUGUCAAGACGGAAUGUUACACCUGGACCCUCAACAUUGUCAAGGAGUGCCUUGGAGUUCAGAACGUGGCGAAGCCUGUGUCGUCGGUGAGCAGCGGCGUCCAUUUUGUCCUCCAUGCCCGAGUCCUUUACGAGAUCUGCACAUUCGGCCUUCAGGACCAAGCAGGGAAGGUGAAGUCAGCUGCCAAGGAUAUCCUCUUGUACCUGCUCAAAGGGAGAUUAAUGAUGACAGCCGCGACUUGGAGCAAACUUAAUGAGGCUCUUUACCCGGUCAUCCCCGUCUUACAGAGUUAUGCCGGCAGUGAUGAUGCCUUGGGAAACUGUAUCCUGCUGAUAAGUGAACCAUCAGGCGAGGCAAGCGUUGGGAUGAGUUCACAUGCCGCCAAGCUACGUGCUGCACUCCGACUGCUGUUCUCCAAGCACCAGGCAGCGCGAGCAGCAGCAGUGCAGCACCUGAUCCCCCACCUGACGGGUGCUGACGGGGCCAGCAGCUCUCGCCCUGCCCUGGAGAGCAGCGCCAUGUCCCAGCUGCCCUCCCUCUACCUGCUCAGCCAGGCCGUGGACCUCCGGCUCGACACCACCGACAAGUCCUUCCUCAAGGUGGACUCUGUGAACAAGCUGUACAACAUCUUCACCUCUGAGACGGUUGACCUGGUUCUCAGGAGGUCGGCCGUAGAACAGCUGGUGGUCAUCCUACAGGACACAGCGAUGCAUGCAGCACUGAAGAGCCUCGGAAUUGUCGAGAAAGUGAUCAGCGUCAUCAGUGACAUUGUGAACAACGCCAUGAAGAACACAGACUGCCUGCUGGAGCCGAGCCUGUCGGUGCUGAGGAAGCUGGUGUAUGCAGACCCCACCCUGCGCCACAGCCUGGCGCAGCAGCCCCCCCUCCUGCUCACUCUGCUCAGAGCCUCGUUGAUUCUGAGGGAGGGUGGCGAGGGAGGCGUGGUGGAGGUGGCCACUCUCAUGGCCUUACUGCUCUUUGAUGAAAUCGCCACCGUGGAUGUGUGGACGGACAGAGCAGAUGGCAAUCCUGAGACAAGCCUGUCUUCGUUUUCUCUCCCUGUCUCUGUCAUCCGCAGGUACAAUCUCCCAUUCCAACCUGCGUCUCAUCACGUGGUCAGUCCCUACUGCUGUGUGCUACCCCCCUACGCUGACCUGGUGAGCCUGAAGCCGGCCUGGCACAUGCUGCAGCUGGCCUGGAACAGAGCGUGGCAUUCUGGGAUAGAUAACCUCCUGGAGGAGCUGAGGGGAAAUGGGAGCGAUGUUCCCAAGUUCCAUGGCGACCUGGUAUUGUCAGCUACCCAGGCCGUUCUGCUGAGGGUCAGUCACAUCAGGCAGGGACUGCAGGACUGCGUCCAGGCCGUGCUGACCGCCGGCUGCCACGGUCAGGCAGGGCUAGCCCUGGCCAGGAUGAGGCUGUACCUGCUGACCGACCAGCUGGCCCUCAAACAGGGGGCCCACAACAGCCCGGCCCUGCUCAGGGGCCUCAGCUGGCAACAGGCCCUGGAGAGGUUUCUGCAGGUGCAGCCGGCGUGUGCUGAGGACGAGCGGCUUCUGGGGGAGAUCGUGGCCUUCCUCAACGCCUUCUUCAGCCAGCACCGGCCCGAGUCCGCCUCGCACUCAGACGACCCUGACCUCCGCUGGAUCCUCCAGCUCCUCCUCAAACAGGAGCCCAGCACCUUGUUGAACCUUCUCCUGCACUCUGAGUCUGCAUCACACACACAGCCCCACACCCACCCACCCCCAAACACUCGUGCAGAUGAGGAGGGAGAGGAGGAGACUCGGGCCCUGGUGUCCCAGCGUCUUCAGAGGGAGAUGACAGGCCUCCUCAUCACCCUCAUGCAGCUCCUCCAGCACACCUGUGACAGUGUGUGUGUGACGUUGGCGAGUGUGUUGGAGUCGGUGCUGGCGCAGCGUCUGCUGCAGCGCCUGCGUGUGUCCGAGGCACCGCGCUUCUACGGCCUGCCCUCGCUGGAGCGCACCCUGCGCAGCAUGAAGCACCUGACCGCCCUGCCCGGCUGGAGCACACACUCACCGCAGCAGGAGCUGGACACACACACCCUCUGCCUGAAAUACCUAAGUGGGCUACUGGAGGUAAUCUCCUCCUUCUAUGUGGAGUGGGGGGGCAACUCCAUGUCCUUCAUGGGUAAAGGCGUCACCAAGAAUGCAAUCAUCUGUCUGCUGCACCUCUCCCAUGAGAUGAUCGCCCAGAGUAGAGAUAAGGACUGGAUGUCCCACUGGUGUCUAUCUCAGGAGCAGAGGGCAGAGGAGCAGACUGCAGCGCGCCUUGAGCUCACCUGGCUUAUCCCACUGUGGGUAGACAGAGACCCCGAGGUGCGCUUUGCCAGUCUUGGAGUGGGCUCAGCGCUGUCGUCGUUGGAUACGGGUUGCAUGGCACUAGCGUCCAGCUGCCAGAACAUCUCGGGGGGUCUGUGGGGGACUCUACUCAACAUCCUGCUCGAGUCCAACGAGAGCAGCAUGGUCCGCAGGGAGGCUGCGUUUAUCCUGCAGAACCUUCUGGUCAUGCCCAUGCCCGCCAACAGUGAGGAGGCCAAAAGCUGUGCCUGGCAGCACCCGUGUGUGCAUGACGAGGCGUCGGGCGUGUCUCUGGUGGGACUGCCCGCCCUGCAGGCCCUGCUCUACCACUGCCAGUUCUUCCAGCACGCCACACAGAUGGCACAGACCUGCUACCGCGGCUGCCACGCGUUUGACCUCAACUUCCCCCCCGGGGCACCCAGUCAUCACAGCGAGGACGCGGAAGAUCUGAGCGACUCUCUGCGGCACUGGAGAGGCCCAUCUGCUCAGCGCAGCCACAGCCAAGCCUCAGGCUCCCUCUCCACAUCCAGCACGCUGAUCCAGCCAGGUGGGUCGAGCGGAGUGCACACCCCGGCGCUGUCAUCCUCGCUGGCCCUCGCCCAACACUCGCCUGUCAACAGACUCACCGCACAAGGUCAGAGCGAUGCAGACAGCAGCGACUCGGUGCUUUCCCAGGAUUCCCGCGUUAGCGAGGCGUGUGUGGAGCGGAGUGUGUCUGGCGCCGUCGUCACCCCUCCGCUGGUGUCGGCCUUCUGCGGCGUCCUGGCCAACCUGCUGGCCGUGCUGCCCGAGUUCACGCUCACCGCCCUCACACUCCAUCAGGUUCUGCCAGCCAUGGCCAGCGUGGUGGAUGCUGUUGCCAUUGAGCGCUGUGUGAGUGAGCUGAAGACGCCCACUCUUCUGCCAGGAGAUGAGGAGGAUGCUAAGAAUCAGGUGUGUUCUCUGCUCCAGUAUGUGGGUGUGUUCUGUGAGCUGCUGCAGUCUGUGGCCUCCCUGCAGGCAGAGCUGAUCCCUCAGCUGGACUUCCUCAAGCCUCUGCUGAGCCAUGUCUUCACACUCCUCACUCUCAGUCCUGCACACCUGGACUCACGGACGGCUGGGGUACUGCGUCACACCUGGACCGUCUUGUUGACGCUUCUGGCCACUCUGGUGCGCAGGAACACCACUGCACUCUUCCCAUCUGUUGCCACGGCGAUGCACAGGCACUGGCACACAUUUUCAGCCACCAUAUCCCUAUGUGUGGACCAGUGGUCUUCAGAGCCUAGCCUGUACACAGCUGCUCUUCACUUCCUGAGUGUAGUGCUAUCAGAGGAAGCCAAGAGGCGGGAUCAGGAAGUGACUGGUCAGCUGACCCCUGAUUGCCGUAGUCGAUUGGCUGAGCUUUUGAAUGGCACCCCGGGCGAGCAGCUGUGUGAACUCCUACUGCAGAGGUACGAGGCCACUCUGCCCCAUGACCAGCAGAGGAAGCCCACAGCUGCUGCCCUCACCGCACUCCUCGCCUGCAGCUCCAGUGCCCAGAGCUAUGCGUGCAAAGCUGGGCUUGUGGACACCACAGUGGAGCAGAUGAGGCAGAUUCACACUUACCUCAACCUAGAGUCCCUGAAACCAACCAAAGCAGCGCUACGCAACAAAAAGGAAGAGAACUAUCUGAAGGAGCUGAAGAUGGACCUGGAGCUGCUGAGAAACUGCCUGUAUCAGCACAGCGAAUGCAAAACUGCUGCCACAGACUCCCGUCUGGCUGCCAUACUGUACGCCCUCUGGCCCUGGCUCCUAUUGGAUGACCCCUGCAUGACCUCAGCCCUGGAGCUGCUCUGUGUCUACACGGCCAACUGUAGUGCUGCGUGCAGUGCUGUGUGUGGAGGCAGUGGCGGCUGUCCCGCUGGUGUCUCGGGUUCAGGUCAGGCUGCAGUGUUGCCUCGGGGGCCGCUGACCAACUCGCUGAUGCACGGCGUGAUGAAGCUGGCCUCCCAGGCUUCCCCGGACGCCGGCAGCAGCCAGAGCCACAUCCAGAGCUUGGCCUUCUGUCUGCUCGCCAACCUGGCCAUCUCCCGUGACUGCAAAGGCAUCCUACAGAAGAGUAACUUCCUGCAGAACUUCCUGACGGCUCACCUCCCCAGGCCGGGCCGCAGGUCCUCGUCGUCGGCCGGCUCCCUGGCCGCUCUGUGGCUGCGGCUGCUGCUCAACGUCUCGUUCGGGGAGGACGGCCAGCAGAUGCUGCUCAAGCUCCACGGCAGCCUGGAGCUGCUGACCGAGCUGGCCCAGAACCAGAGACCGAGCCAGAACCAGAACCAGCGGCAGGCCGCUACCAGACCCAAACCCGCCGCCCUCCUCAUCCUCCACAACAUCUGCUUCAGCUCCGCCAACAAGCCCAAGGUCCUGGCCAACGACAAGACGGUUGGUCUGCUCGUGUCCUGUCUGGACAGUGACUUCCUGGACGUGCGUGCAAUCGGCGCCUCUGCUCUGUGGGCUCUUCUGCACAGCUAUCAGAAGGCAAAGGUGGCUUUGAAGUACCCCUCCUUCAGACUUAAGGUCGAUGAGAUGUACUUGGAAGUGAAAAAAGAUGCAGAGCUGAAGAAAAGUGAGCCCCUGACUUCAUACCUCUUGAAGUGCCUGGAGAACCUUAAACAAAUCUUGAAUGUUUAGCAACAGUGGCCUAUGUAAAUGUUUCUAUUCUUUAAUAACUUAUUUAAAUAAAAUUACUAAUAGCUUGUUUUUUCAGCUGCAGAAAGAGCUAUGCUGCUAUUCCUAUUCUGUAUCAAAAUAAAAACAGAAUAUGUUGUGAUUUGUUUGUAACAUUAUUAUUUUUUUACAUUUUUCUUUAUUUUAUACUUUUCAAAUAAAGUGUAAUUAAGUGGAACUA